AAUUUUCAGGAAUUUCAAACAUAAUAUGUCCAGUGGUAACCCACGAGGGAAACCAAGAAGAAAUGGAUCCAUUCCAGAUUAUGGUGGCCAACAUAUUGUAAGUUCUCAAGUACCCGCUGGGGUACUACCACCGGGGCAGCCACCACAACCUUUGGUUAACGGAAAUGCUGGGCAGCCACCCCAGCAGCCAAUUCCAUUCGCUAUACCAAGUGUGGACAGCGCACAUCCGCCCCAUACUGCGGGCCAGUAUCCCACCGUUACACGGAUACCGCCGAGAAAUCUUCCGAAUCCAAGUAUGCAAUUUGCGGCAGGCGAAGCACACGUAGAAGGUGCACGUCCGCAGCAAGGUAAUCAUCAGAUAACAAUACAUACUGCCAGAUAUCAAACGCAACCAGUUCAGACACAACAAAAUUAUCCAACUUCGCAGUUGGCUUAUCCGACAGCGCCACCUAGUUCGAUGUAUAGUUCGAAUGCCAUUUAUAGUGCGCAUAAUUUUAUACCCAACAAUCCACAGUCAUUCUAUUAUCCUCCGGUUGUUGCUCCAGUUUAUCCAUAUUUCCCGCCUGCUCAGCCAGCAGAUUACAUUAAUCCGGCAGCAGCGGCAGCAGCACGUAUGAACGUAGGUUAUAAUCAAAAUCCGUUCCUAAUGCAAGCUACUGCAGCAGUAUCACCACCUACUGCACCACCUGCAACAACAGCUGCAACUGGGAUAACAGGCAAUGUUCCACAGCAAGCACCGCAACAAGUUACAAAAACGAAGAGAAUUUUGUCUAUUGUCGAUCCGAUGACAAACGAAGUGACGAAUAAAGAUCAUAUAAUUAGGUCAGAAAAGGAACAACAACAAAUGAUGCAACAGAAUGUGGAAAAUGCUGAUACUGGCGGCAAGAAAGGUCCGCCAUCAGGGCAGGACGUGAAACGUGAGCAGCCAUCAUCGUUGCCUUCAAAUGCAUCGCAGAAAUUCACAAUGCAGGUUGCGCAGUCAGUGUUAGGUGGUUCUAAUGCUGUCACUGCUGUGGCAUCUACUCCACCACCCGCGAUCAACGUCGCAUCUCUUCCAGAGCAAAUAGUCCAAAACGACACAGUCGUUGAUGUGGUACCACGGCCGUCGACAUCAGCUCCACCAGUAUCGAAUGUAAUGCCAUCGUCUAAGGGGGUCGAGAGGAGUGCUCCACCCGAGCUAUCGGCACAAGAAACAAAAGUUAUGGUCGCAGAAGCACCGAAAUCAAUGGAAGGAAAUGAUUCGAUUGUGUCAGCUGAACCGCAAGAAUUAGAUGAACGAAUUGAACAAGAUAGCAAGCAGACAAAGGAAUCUCAACGAAGUACUGAAAUGGUGACGCCGAUUAUCACAGAAGAGAGUGCGGAACGAGAUGUGGGAACUGCUGUCAUAAUAGCAAGCGAACUGGCGAAACAAGAACAUUGUCAGGAUGAUGAAGAGGCUGAAGAAGACGAAAAAGAAUGUCAAAAACACCAACCAUUGCAGGAAGUAGACAAUGAUGAUAACGUUCUUUCACUUCCAAUGCAGGGUCAUUCAGUUGUUGAAAUAGUACACGAAGAAGAAACCGAAAAAGAUGAAAAUUUCCUUGAAAUUGAGGAAAGUCCUGAGGCUGCACUAGCGCGAAAAAAACAGGAAUAUAUUGCUAAACAGAAGGAGAUGUUACAGAACGAAAACAAUGUUCAGUUGAAUGAACGUAUAUACGGUCAUGAUUAUUUGUUUCUGGUACGUGACAUAGUGAAAGAUAUAUUACUGGAUUCCGUGUUGCCUGUAAAAGUAUCCGAUUUGAAAGACCUUGGCAUUGACAUUGCUUCGGCGCCUGCCAAUGGCACCAUCGGUGACCGUCAACGUCGUUUCGAUAGCUCGGCUGGUGCAGGUGCUCGAUUUAUACCCGGUUGGGUGGAUAAAAGCCAAUCAAAACCAAAAGCGUAUCAUGGAAGACUUAGCGAUCGGACUCAUUCAAACCAGCGCGAGCGUGAUCGGAAGAGGCCUGCGGUAAGUCGGCCGUCAAUUGAUCGGCCUAAUCGUGAACCGGUAAAGUUGCACAAAGCGGAGAAUGCAUGGAAGCCAGAAAGAAAUAUUGAUGCUAACCAGAAGUUGUAUAAGAAUGUGCGCAGUUUAUUAAAUAAAUUGACGCCAUCAACAUUCGAUGAACUGACACGGGAUUUCUUGCGUUUUGAAGUUUAUAAAAACAAGGAACAAAUGGGUGAAGUGAUCAACAUUAUUUUUGAUAAGGCUGUUGAAGAACCGAAUUUCUGUGCUCUGUACAGUGACCUUUGCAAAAUGCAAGUGGUGAAAGAAUCGAAAGAAUCAAAGGAUAAAUCAAAAUUUCGAAGUGCUUUAUUGACUCGAUGCCAGAAUACUUUCGAAGAGAAGCGGAUGUCUGAAAUUAACAAUAAGAAAACAGAAAUGGAGAAAGAAACUGAUGAGAAAAAGAAACGGGAAUUAAAAAUAGAAUUGAUGGAAAUGGAAGCACGAGAACGGCGGCGAAUGUUAGGCAAUAUAGGAUUCAUUGGACAACUAUUUAGGCAUGAAUUGAUAGUACCACGGAUUUUAAAUUGGUGCAUAGUGCAUUUGCUCAAAAAUCACAGUGAAUCACCGGAUGGUGAUGAAGAAAGUAUAGAAUGUGCGGUCAAAAUGCUUGAAUCAGUAGGUAAGUUGGCUGAUCGUCAGUGUCAACAGCAGCAAGCAAACUAUCAAUCGGGAUCAUCAGAUGCACAGCAGGAUCAUCCUCAGGAAGCACAAAAACACGAAGAAUUUAAUACAAAUCUUUAUUUUGAACAUCUGAAGGAAGUUUCAACAAAAGUAUCGAAUCGUGUCCGGUUUCUGAUUCUCAAUCUUAUCGAUCUAAGAAAUAAUAAAUGGGUGCCGCGAACAUCGGAAAGUGGACCAAAAACUCUGGAAGAAGUACACGAUGAAGCUCGAAGGGAAGAAAUGGCAAAUAGGUUACAGCGUGAGCAAUAUGCCAAUAAAAAACGAUAUGAAGGUCGUACCUCGUUGGAUAAGCGAAACCAAAGACCGGUAUUGAUUGGAAGGCAGUCGCAGGAUGGCCGUCAAUACGGACCGAGAGUUGGUGAGCCAAGUCGAGAUCAGAAAGCACGAGCUGCUGGAGCUGCUAACCUUGUUGCUAAUACUGCUAGUAGGAAAAAUCAAACUCUGAAUAGUGUCGAUCAGCCACAGUCGCUUGGUGCACGCCGACCCCCAUUUGCAGGUGGUGCAAUUGGCGGAGGUCAGCAAAUGGAUAGGAAUAUGUUAUCUCGUGGCGCGCUUGGUCGUGGAGCUGGUCGUGGCUCACUAGCUUCUCGCGACAACUCUCAACCGUCUAGUCGAGAACCGUCAGAAUCUAGAAAGUCUAGAGACGAAGAACGCAGUGCAGCCAUCGCAGCAGCAAGUGCUGUAACGCACAGUGCGAGCGCCAAUAUAUUAAGGCGUGGAUAUGCGGGUAUAGCAGCUGGUGGUUCAUCACCACCAUCAUCAACUGUAGAUGAUGAAAAAAAAGACGGGAACCAAGUUAGCAGAGGAAGUGAGUUGGAUGAUAAGGAAGUAUUUGGAUCAUUGUACCGAGAAGUACAUGAUUAUUUCUCCGAUUACGCAAGCAUUGAACAGUUAUUCCAAUCAAUCAUGGACAUAAUGAUCGAUGAGAGGACAAUGAACAUGGACCUGCGUCGAGUUCGACAAGCAUUUCGACUGCUUAUGAAGAUAGGUGUUGAAAAAACUAAUGGAGAUAUUCGCAAUCCACGGAGACGAUAUAUUGGCCAGGUGAUAUGUAGGUGUUUACAACGACCUGAAAUCAAAGGACAUGCUCUUCGAGGGGUUGCAGAUUAUUGCACACAAGUGGUUGAAAUGGAGCUAUGGGAGGAUAACAUGAGGAUAUGGGAAUGUGUAGCGGAAGUUAUAAGUUGGUCAAUAAUGUGUGAAGUGCAACAUUUCGAAGGUCCUCGACCAUCACUGGGAGAUUUCAAGGAAGCAUUUAAGAAUGCUGAUGCUGAUUCAAGAAAACCAUACGCUCUUCUCGUCAGUGUACUGAAACGACUCGUAGAAAUAGAACAUGAUCGCGAUGGACAAGUAUCGUCAACGGGAAUGGCAUUUGAUGAAAUCAAAGAUUUACAUUCAGAUUCGUUGGUGGAUGAGCUCAAAUCAUGUCAGUUAUCAUUUGGCAAAAAUCUCUAUCAGUUAUUGCUCAACUAGUUGUCGUUAUUUCUUUGAACAAGUCAGUCUUUUCUUCCACAUUGUUUUUUUGGAAUCCACUCUCCGGUAGUUUUACGCCUUAAUUUGAUGUUUAUCAGAAAUUUUCGGUCGGUUUUUUUGGGAAAAGGGAUUCAGGUAAUCCUAAACGGUU